AUGUCCAAUGUCUCCUCUUAUAAUGAAGCUGUUGCAAAUAUGCGGCAGCGGGAGUAUCCCAUGCUUCAAGAUGCCACGUAUCUCGACCAUGCUGGUGCCGCGCUUUACUCCAAAAGUCUCAUGGACCAAUUUGCUGCUGAGAUGACUUCUACUCUUUUUGGAAAUCCACAUUCGGCCUCGGUGCCCUCCCAGAGUUCUACCUCACGGAUUGAAAAUAUCCGUCUGCGGCUGCUGAGCUUCUUCCAUGCUGAUCCCUGUGACUUUGAUCUCAUCUUUGUGGCCAAUGCCACUGCUGGUGUUAGGCUGGUUACUGAAGGGUUUCGUACCCAGCCCCGAGGCUUCCAUUAUGCCUACCAUCAAGCUUGCCACACAAGUCUUGUAGGAAUCCGUGGAGAAGCGAUCAAGAGUACCUGCCUUGAUGAUGCAGCGCUCGGUUCUUGGACACAAGAUGGCACACAUUUGGCAGCCUUUUCGAACCCCGAAUCCCCAACUUUGGUUGCCUACACAGCCCAAUCACACCUGGAUGGCCGCAGGUAUCCCUUGUCAUGGUCUAAGUCUAUAAGGGACGUAGGUCGUGUUUCCUCCAAUGCACUCGUGUUCACUCUACUCGAUGCGGCAUCUUUUGUUGCCACAUCGCCUUUGGACCUAAGCAAUCCAGAUAUAGCACCGGACUUCACUGUGCUGAGCCUCUACAAGAUAUUCGGCUUCCCUGACUUGGGAGCUUUGAUUGUACGGCGUGAAGCUGAAAACAUCUUUGACUUCCGGAAAUACUUUGGAGGUGGCACUGUAGAUCUGGUAUUAUGCAGUAAGGAAGAGUGGCAAGUCCCAAAAAGCGAAUCCUUACACGACCGACUGGAGGAUGGCACACUUCCAUUCCACAAUAUCCUGGCACUUGAUAUCGCACUCACAGUUCAUCAGAGAUUAUUUGGAUCUAUGAUGCAAGUUAAGGAACAUACUGAAAACCUGUCCUUGUCUCUACGCUCCGGGUUACGAGAUAUGUUACAUGGAAACGGGAACCCAGUCUGUAUCAUUUAUCCGAGCCAACAGUCCGAUAUAUUCCCAUCUACGCCUGAUAUGGGCCCUGUCAUAUCAUUCAAUAUCAAGAACUCUGCUGGAGCAUGGGUCAGCCUUGUCGAAUUCGAAAAGCUAGCGGCUGUUCGGAAAUUUCAUUUACGCACUGGAGCGAUGUGCAGCCCCGGAGGGAUAUCAUCGGCAUUGAAUUUAGAACCAUGGGAGAUGAAGAGAAACUUCUCGAAUGGGCUUCGCUGCGGGUCAGAGAACGAUAUCAUGGGCGGUAAACCAACCGGGGUGAUAAGGGUCAGCCUAGGGGCCAUGAGCACAAUGUCAGACGUCGAGAAGUUCCUGGCAUUUGUGCAGGAGUUCUUCGUGGAGGCCAAGGCUCAAGGGCCUGGAAUGAUGACCAGAGAAGUAGAUUCUCUCGGGCAACAGCCGUCGCUGUCUGUCAAAACGAUUACAGUAUACCCGAUAAAAAGCUGUGGAGGGUUUGUCGUCCCGGCCCAUAUGCCCUGGGAAAUUCGAUCCGAAGGUCUUGCUUGGGAUCGUGAAUGGUGUCUAGUCCACGCGGGGACAGGCCAAGCUCUUAGCCAGAAACGAUACCCGAAAAUGGCUCUUCUCCGGCCAGUAUUGGACUUUGAAACUGGCUUUCUUCGAGUUAAUUACAGAGGGACUCCAAGAAAGCAAGUUUCCGUCCCCUUGUCAAAUAAUCCUGCCCUCUUCGACAAGGCCGACCGCCAGAUGGCAUCACGAGUAUGCGGGGAUAAAAUAUCAGCACACAGGUAUAUUUCCGCUGAGAUCAAUGGGUUCUUCUCGGAGGUAUUAAAUGUGCCAUGUGUUCUCUCUCGUUUUCCGCCAGGAGGCCAAGGGUCAAGCAGCCGCUCCUCAAAAGCACGGAUGCAGUCACAUCAGCUGCAAAAGCAAUCUUGCAGGCUUCCUGGAGCAUUCCCCGACAUACCAUCUCCACCAGAAUCAGAUUCUGAACAGCCAGAGGAUAGCAAGAUCCUUCUGUCUAAUGAGAGCCCCAUCCUGAUGAUCCACGAGUCCAGUGUUGAAGCACUAAAUCAAGACAUCACGCAUCAGGGAGAGCCCCCAAUUGAUGCCGCUGUUUUCCGGGCCAACAUUGUUGUUCAUUCUUCCAAUUUAAGCGAACAUCAUCCGCCAUUUUCUGAAGAUAUGUGGCGAUCGUUACAUAUUGGGCAACAUAAUUUCAAACUUCUAGGUGCUUGUCAACGGUGCCAGAUGGUUUGUGUUGACCAGUCUACUGGCGAGAAGCGACAGGAACCCUUUACGACAUUGUCUAAAACACGAAGGUUCGGCGGAAAGGUUUACUUUGGAUCACACAUGGCAUUGAAUUCAAAAGGGCGAACGGAAACAAAUGAAACACAACAUCCAGUCAUUCAAGUGGGCGAUACCGUUUGGGUAGAUUUACCAUCGUCACCGAGCUAA